ACUUCCUUCCCCUUUUCCUUUUUAUCCCUACAUCUCCUUGUUCCUGCCUUUUUUUUUAUUUUUUUCUUUAUUUUUUUUCUUAUUUUUUUCCCUUCUCAGCUCACUUCCGUCAGUGCAGGGUGAUUUGCAUAGAUUACUUUAUUUUUUUUCUUGUUCUUGCUCACUUGCAGUUUGUGAGGUCAGUUUUGUCAGCCAGCUCUUGUUAACUGAGCACGCACCGGAAACGAGAGCAGUACAGCACAAUAAAAAAAAAACAGAUAUAAAAAAAAGAGAGACAAGAGGUGUCCUAUCAACUUCUCUAACAGUACGAUUCAAGGACGCGACGAAAAAAAAUAAAAAAAAGAAAAAAGAAAAAAAGAAAAAAGAAAAAGAGUAUAUUCAUCCGGCGAAAGAGCAAAAGAAAAGAUGAAUUCCGCCUCUUCCUAUGCGUUUCUUCCGUAUCCGUCAACCUCGCAGGUGACCUCGCCAGGAUUACAGCACCAGAAUCAACCUCAACAGUCGCAACAACCACAACAACCACAGCAGAAACAGCAACAGCAACAGCAACAGCAUCCACUUGGUCCAGUGACCACUCAACAACAACAGCAACAGCAGCAGCAACCUCAACAACCUCAGCAGUCGCAACAAUCGCAACAACAACAGCAGCAGCAACAACAGCAGCAAGACUUGACACAGGAUCUUUCUGCCCCUCCGACCCCGCUGUCAUUGCAUCCCUCAUUGCAAACUUCUUCUGCAGGUGUCUCCGUUUCUGGGUCCCUGGCAGCAUCGCCAGUCAGUGUUAGUAACAACACACUCAGCAACGCUUCAGGUCCCACGCUUGCAAGCCAUGGACAUCCAACCAUCAACACUGCUAUACUCACAAGCUAUGGCAAUAUGUUGCCAUCACCGCAAUCCUCUCAAGUCCCUUCUACCCCUACCACUGCUACAUUGCUCCCUUCAACUCCACCACCACACACUGCGGAUCUAGAUUCAAUUCUAGCAACCUAUGCGAAUCAGCCCGAGUUGCUUAAGCUUAUUAUUGCCUCUAAAACAGAGGAAGACCGGCGCUGGGCUGAGGAGGCUCGAUUCAAGAUGAUGGAUCUGAUCAUGAGAGGCGAGAAUCGAAAUCUCAUCACAGGCUAUGAAGGAUUGCUUGGUCAAGUUGUUCCAGGCCCAACUGCAGGGACACCCACAUCAACCAUCCCUACUGGUAACAUGGGGACCAGCCCUACAACAAGUACUGUAGCUACAAGCACUAUAACCACGAGCACUGCUACCAUCCCUACUACUACAACUACAACUUCUAGCGCCUUAGGCCUGGCAGUUUCUGGAAAACGUUUUAUGGAUAAUGCGUUUGAUUCGCAUUCUGGAGCAGCAAACUCAGGAAAUGGGAGUGGAGGGAGCAAUGGCUUCGCUCAAGGAGCAGAUCUGGCUCUUGCCCGUAAGAGAUCUGUUACUUUUGCCAGAGAUGUACACCAUGGUCAUCUGCGCUCACAAUCCAUGUCCUCGGUACCAUCACUCUCCAGCACAGGAUCGACUAUAACCGCUUCCGCUGAUCAGUUUGGUACGCUAUCAAUGAUGGGCUUGACCGGACCCAACACAGCUCUUCAGCAACAGCAACAGCAUCACCCUCACCAAAUACCAUCGCACCCCUCACUGAAUCAGUUGGCACCAUUCACAUUGCAGCAACCAUUCCAGCAACAGCAUUUUCAGCAGCACCAGAGUCAGCAAUCGAACCAGAUGCAGCAGGUAGCCCACCAGCAGCUGCCACCACACUUUGGCCAAUACCCACAACCUUUUCCAUAUCAUACUAUGUCUCAGUUUCAACCUCAAAACGUUAUUCGUAGAACAAGUUCGCUCUCACACCUCUCACACUUUGCUCAGAAUCCACACGCAACAGUGACCGAACCUCGCCUAGCCGCAAGUCGACCAAGGAAUGACAGUGCUUCUUCGUUCAGAACACUAGAUGACAGUGAUGACGAAUCGGAUGAUGGUUAUAACGACCAUCCAGUUUUGGGUGGUAUGGAUGGAUAGUCGACCAGGGUCAUCUUUAGUAUGCACAACAUGAUGGGUGGCAAUGGGAGACGUCACUCACCUUGGACUUUUCGGACAUGGCUACUGUCUCUGGAAAUGGGCCAUAUACAUCUCAGCCACCGCAACAAGGCAGUCAGCAUAACCAGCCAGGCACUUCUUCAUCGAUCCUUUCAUCCCUUCAUGGGACAGGCUCCGUAGUUUCUAUGGGUAUUUCCGGGCUAGGGCAUGGUACCACUGUACGAAAUGUGCCAACUAGCGCAGCAGGAUUAAGUGGCUCAACUACGUCAGCCGCGGUAUCAGCAGCAGAUCAAAAGAGAAAACGUAAACGUCGAGAAAUGCAGCC